UAUGCAUUUAAAAUGAAGAGGUUUAUCUUUGCACUUGCUGUCAGUGCUUUCGUUACAGCAUCAAAAGGUCAAUGCCCGACCAAUGAAGGAUUAGGUGGAACCCUUAGUGUAGUAUGUGGAAGUCAACUUGGAAGAAACACUGCAUCUGCAAUAAACAAGAAUAAUUUAGACGUUACAAUGUCAACCGCUGAUAUUUUGUCAGAAGAACUUAAAUGUGAUCACCGAAUUGCCGAGUCGUUGUUGUCCUUACAAAUCCCAUUGGCUAUAUUCGUGGUGAUUUCCACAGUUUCAACAAUAUUGAAUAUAUACCUGUAUGUUAACACCAAAUCAAGAAAUAAGUCUAAGAACGGUAAAUCUAACUCAAACGUUAUAAUGAGCAAUCGCAAUGGGAAUGAACCGAAUGCUGAAACCUACACAGAACUAGGAAAUACGGUGUCAGGAGAAUCUGAAAACCAGUACGAAUCGAUCACACGCCAGGAAAACAACAUAAACACUAAUGUUUUAUAAACAUUUCUAAAAGUUGAAAUUCACCUUGACUUAAUACAUGUAAAAGAAGUAGCAUUACACUUUUGUGGUUGAUGUUAUUUA